UUCAAGACUUCGCACCAAGUUGCGUUUCCAGAGAUGAACGGUGUUUAUUUACAGAGAUGCGCUUCUUUUCUGAAGAACUUGACAAAAUGGCUUGCGCAGCAGACAGCUGCAUACAAUUCACACGCCAUGCAAGUGAUGUCCUGCUCAACCUGAAUCGGCUGCGCAGCAGAGAUAUUCUCACCGACGUCACCAUCUUGGUCAACAGGCAGCAGUUUCGCGCACACAAGACGGUUCUCAUGGCUUGCAGUGGGCUGUUUUACAGCAUCUUCACCGACUCCCACAAGUGCAACCUUAACGCCAUCAGUCUGGACCCAAAGGUGGACCCAGAGGGCUUCGCCAUCCUGUUGGAGUUCAUGUACACCUCCCGUCUCACGCUCAAGGAGAGUCACAUCAUGGCGAUCAUGAACACGGCCAUCUACCUGCAGAUGGACCAUGUCGUGGACACCUGCCAUAGAUUUAUCAAAUCCAGUGAUCCGUCUGCCAAGCUGCCCAGAGACGAGUUCUUGGUCAGUCCCUUGGUCUUACCUCAGGAUGUCCAUGCUUACCGGCCCCAUGAUGUGGUCGACAGCUUGCACAGCCGUGUAGCUCCGUUCAGGGAUGGGAGGCCCUACGGCUCAAACAUGUUCAGCGGGGUCAGCACCCCCAGCAACUACCAUCUCUACGGGCAGUUUCCCAUGCCAGGAUUCCCCUUCCCUCUCUGCAAACUGACCGAUGCCAAAAACGCUUUUGCCGACCUCUCUAAGAGCGGAAUCCACCACAAGCACUGUUCUCCGCACGACGGCGCCAACAUCAUCCGGGCAGAAUACAGCAGGGCGGUUGGCACCGGCUCCUCUGGCAUCAUUCACUCCACCACCUACGCUUCCAGGGAGGUAGGGAGAGACGACGAGAUGCGGAGGGAGAGCCACGAGGGGGUCAGCCAGUCACUAGCUCUCGGCACAAGGAAGCGCGCGUUUCCAGCGUUGAACCUGGAGCACCAGAGAGACUUGGGAAAGGAUCACGCCCCCCAGGUAGAGGAAGACCUGAUCCAUCACCACUACCCGCUGGGGAUCUCCUCCGCUGGACGCAAGGGCCUCAUGAGCAGCCCGCAGAGCCCCCUCAAAUCAGACUGCCAGCCCAACUCCCCGACGGAGUCGAGCAGCAGCAAGAACGCCGGUCUCUCCCAAGGGAGCAGCGGCGGCGGCGUUCAGGCCCCACAAGGCACGCAGGACCCCAAGUCCCGCAACUGGAAGAAAUACAAGUUCAUCGUGCUGAAUCAGAGCGCAAAGGAAGAGGAGGCGGGGCUGCGGGACCCGGGGCUUCGUUCACCUCAGCGCCUUGGCCUGCAGCCCUACCUCCACCCCAGCGACUCGGAGAACCUCGACCCGCAAGCCACAAGCAAGAGCAGCAGCGAGGACCUACCCGUGCCCCAGGCUAGCCGUCUCAACAACAUCAUCAACAGUGCACUGGAGGGCUCUCAGAGGAACGGCGACAGCCACCCUCCACACUACCUGAGCCGCCUGAACUGCUCGUCCUGUGGCACGCCGUCCCCGCAGCACUCAGAGGUGUGUCCAAACACCCCCAGGUCCCGUCUAACAGAGGACAUGGCAGAGCUGCACUCAGAGUACUCAGACUCCAGUUGCGAAAACGGUACAUUCUUCUGCAACGAAUGUGACUCCAAGUUCGCCGAGGACGAGGCGCUGAAACGACACAUGCUCCAAGUGCACAGCGACAAGCCAUACAAGUGUGACCGCUGCCAGGCUGCUUUCCGCUACAAGGGCAACCUCGCCAGCCACAAGACCGUCCACACGGGAGAGAAGCCGUAUCGCUGUAACAUCUGUGGUGCUCAGUUUAACAGACCAGCUAACCUCAAGACUCACACUCGCAUCCACUCAGGAGAGAAGCCAUACAAAUGUGAGACGUGUGGAGCUCGUUUUGUACAGGUUGCUCAUCUCCGAGCCCACGUGUUGAUCCACACGGGUGAGAAGCCAUAUCCGUGCGAGAUCUGUGGAACGCGCUUCCGUCACCUGCAGACGUUGAAGAGCCACCUGCGCAUACACACGGGGGAGAAGCCCUACCAUUGUGAGAAAUGCAAUUUGCACUUCCGCCACAAGAGUCAGCUGCGGUUGCAUCUCCGGCAGAAGCACGGCGCCAUCACCAACACCAAGAUCCAGUACCGCAUGACGACGGCAGAAAUGCCCACUGACUUGACGAAGGCGUGCUGAGCUGGAUUGAGAAGACUGUUUUGACGGGCGGCAAUCUUGACCUUGGCAUUUAAAGACCCCAACUUGUACAAUCAUCCAAAAUUGUAGUGCCACACUGUGUUCAUUAGACAAUUCAAUUGGCUGUGUACGCCAUUCUAAACGGGUUUCCACUACAUGUGAACGUAGAGCCACUUCCGGCGUCUUAGUCACUUUAUUGUUUCUAUAUAGAUAUAAAUAUAUAUAUGUGUGUAUGUUGGGAGUGUUUCUAAGCUUUGAAGGUACGUAUAUAAAGCUUUAUUUUGUUGAGAAGGACGGAAUGUAAACAAUCUGUUUUUUUUUUGGAAAAUACAGUAUUUUAUAUCAGAGAACUUACUUUUCUGAAAGUAUUUGAAAAUUUUGAUCGACGGGUGGUACAUAUAUUUUGAGAUUCCCAGAUUUGCGGCCGCACAGAGUUGUCUACACAUUUUUUUAUGUAGAUGUACGUACAUGUUGCACCAUGUCAAGUUGCCAUAUUCAUGUGAAGAGGUGGGGGAGAGAAAAAAUAAAAGACAUUGUAAUUGGAUUUAGUGGAAAACAUAUCAGAUGACUGCUGCUGUCUGAUGAGGUUAUGCAUGAGGAACUCUCUUACCGUUGUCGGCACACAUGAAGUGGGCAAACGGCAUAAAUAUUGUGACAUAUUGUGUAAUUAUAUCUGUGGGAUUGCUCUCUGCUGGCGGAGCCAAUCCAAGUGUUGAUAUGCAUUUCGAGGCUUUGUUAUGACCAAGAAAAUAUUUUGCUUUAAGUGUAUUUGUAUAGAUGUGAGUUUUGUUUAUUUCCCAUAAGUGAAGGUUUACAGUUUUGCUCAUUGUUCUAGAUCCUACAGUAAAGUUGUGUACGUGUCAUGUUUUUUUUUUGGUUUGUACAUACACUGUGUAUUCAAUGUGCCUUUCUCUAUGGUGUCUGAAUCCUUCCCCCAUUCAGCUCAGCUCUAUUUAAAAAGGUACAUCAUGGACACAACUUGUCCUAACCCCCCCCCCUCCUCCCCCGUGUGUGUGUGUGUGUGUGUGUGUAUAUGUAUAUAUUUUUAAAUGCUCGUCACCAAACUGAAAACAUGCAAAUUCAUCAUUGUAAAUCUUCAGGACUUGUUUUUUUUUGGAUUGGGCUUUUUAAAGAAAAAAGAAAAAAAAAUGCAUUAAAGUUAUGUAAAAUGUUCUAGAUGUAUGAAUGUAAA